AUGAGUCGGUCUACGCCCACCUCUCGCAGUCGCAAGAGUGCUACUACACCAUCAGCAUCCACGACAGAGACAUUGGUUCUACGUGCAACACCUUCCAUUAAGCGUUACAAUAUUGCACGCUUUGAUGUGCCUGAAAUGCCACGUUUUAGCUCAUGUGCGCAGCCCGUCAUGAUGUACCGCGAACCCGAACGAGUGGACGAAGAAGACGAGAAAGAAGAAGAACCCGUGGGUUUUAACCCCGCAUUACGGAAACGUCGUCGUCGUCGUCGGAAAGAUACGCGAACAGCUGGUUGGGUGAUUGAAGACAGUGAAGGGAAGAACAAGUUUAAUGGCACAUUCGAGGGUGGUCAAUCGUCUACGUACAUGUUACUGAUUAAGAAUCGACACAAUGACGAGUUCAGUGUCAUGACUGUGGAGCAGUGGUUUCGGUUCAAAAAGCCAUUGAAUUAUCGGACACUGACGCUCGAGGAGGCUGAGGAGAUGAACAAUGAGAAGAAACGUGCCGUGGAACGAUGGCUGAUGAAGCACAAGCUCGCGGGUGACGAUAAAACCGAUGCCGCUGGAGGAGAGACGGUUAGUGCACCCCGUGUCCGUACAGGUGCAUUGGCUACUUCAUCUUUGUCGUCGGCUUCGAAGGCAAAGACUGAAGGUGACGACAUUUUUGGUGCCACUGAGAAGGCACGUCCUCGACAGGCGCCACGUCCGAAAGCUCGUGGAGAAGGAGCGACGGGAGAAGAUGGAGGAGACUUUGAAGAAAAGUUUGAUGAUGACGAAAGUGACGCGGAGAUUCAUCAUGACGAACCGCAAGGACUUGAGUCAGAUUCGGACGAAGACGAGUUUGAAGUGGAUCCAGAAGGAACGGGUAAGCUGACUGAGACGGGCCAGGCCAUGAAGGAUUUAUUGAAACGCGCGCAGAACGGAGAGAUGCUAGAGAACAAUAAGGACAAUGAAGAUGAGGACGAGGAAGAGGACGAGGACAAUUUCACGGCCAAUGAUAUGGAUGUCAUUAAGCGUGAUUUGGGAGGAAACAUCAUCCGCGACCGUUCCGUUGCGCUGGGGGAUGGUGCUGCCUCAGCUGACGCCAAGGAUGGAGCAAGUGCUGCAGACGCCGGUUCUGCUCUAGACGCGAACGGCAAAGUGAAGAGCGCAGUGACCAUCGGGGCGGAUGGUGCCAAUGGUAAGCGGAAGGCGGACGACAAACGCAUGAAGGAGGAAACACCUCAGAAAAUGGUAAAGACGUCUGCAGCUGCAUCUGCAAACAAGCUUACGGAGGCUGGUGUGCAGCAGGAGCUUAUUCGUUAUGGUGGACGCAUGCGCACGCGUGAUCUGCUGCGGAAGUUGAAGAAGUUGAUUGUUACGGACAAUGACAAGGCGCUUCUUAAGGACAUUCUGCGCACCAUUUGUGAUGUGGAAGUGGACGCAAUUGACGGUCGAUUGCUGGUGUUGAAGUCUCAGUUCCGUUAA